AGCGCCGCGAGAAAAAUGGCUACUGACCUCUGGCGGCACUGUAUAGCAGCAGCUCAGAACUGCUUCAUGGUAUGGAUGGUACUGGUGAGGGAGCGAUGCUGGCCUGGUCACGAGCCGGAGGGCUCUUGUGUACGACCCCUUUGCUUCACAAUUUACUGGCGAGGGCAUUUUUCGCCCGCUCCGUUGCCUGUCAUUGCCUACUCGUCUGGACUUGCGAUGCAAAGGUUUUGAGAAAUUGAGUAGAGC